AUAUAUAAAUAUCACGUUUUCAGUCAUAGACCGGGUGUGCAGCCUUGUAUCGCACUUUAAAUCAUUAAAUAUUUUGUUUGUCCAUCGAUUGGAAUCAAAUUUUUAGUGAAAAUUUUGCAUAAAUAUUCGUAUUUAGUCGACAAUAAAAGUGAAAAAUGUCACAAAUAUUCAACAGACUUAGCCAACUUGGUUUGGGAAUGGCUUUAGUUGGUGGUGUUGUCAACUCUGCAUUAUAUAAUGUGGAUGGUGGUCAUCGUGCAGUUAUUUUCGAUCGUUUUGCUGGUAUUAAGCAAGCUGUUGUCGGUGAGGGAACACAUUUCUUUAUUCCAUGGGUUCAACGACCAAUUGUGUUUGACAUUCGGUCGCAACCGCGAAAUGUGCCUUGCGUAACUGGUAGCAAAGAUUUACAAAACGUUAACAUCACAUUGCGUAUUUUGUUCCGCCCAAAACCCGAUCAAUUGCCAAAAAUUUACACCAUUUUGGGCAUUGACUAUGAUGAUCGUGUGUUGCCUUCAAUCACAACCGAAGUCUUGAAAGCCGUUGUCGCUCAAUUUGAUGCCAGUGAAAUGAUUACACAGCGUGAGAUGGUCUCACAAAAAGUGUCUGAAGAAUUGACAGAGCGUGCAGCCCAAUUCGGACUCAUCCUCGAUGACAUUUCCAUUACACAUUUGACCUUUGGCAAAGAAUUUACUCAAGCCGUUGAAAUGAAACAAGUUGCCCAGCAAGAUGCUGAAAAGGCACGUUUCCUCGUCGAAAAAGCGGAACAAAUGAAAAAAUCAGCCAUUAUCUCGGCUGAGGGAGAUGCAACCGCCGCUGAACUGUUGGCCAAAUCGUUCGCCGACUCUGGUGAUGGUUUAGUUGAAUUGCGUCGUAUUGAGGCCGCCGAAGAUAUUGCAUACCAAAUGUCAAGAUCACGACAAGUCGUUUACUUGCCUGGAAAUCAAAGCACUUUACUCAAUUUGCCAUCCAACUAAACAGUAAAACAAACAAACUAUAUCGAAUACAAAUUUAACCAGUUUAUAGAUUGAAUGGCAAUUAGAAGCAUUUAAAUCAGAGAAAAAUCAAUUGUAACGAAUAUUUUGUUGCAAAAACUAUUUUAAACAACGGAAUAGCCUAGACUUUCAUUACAAAUAAAUACGAAAUGGAUUAUUAGUUUAAAACUAAAAAAAA